UAUAAUAAAGGGAUUGGAAUUUCUCUCAGAGCAAGAGUGCUAUUACGGACAUAUUCGGGACAUUGUUAUGUUAAGAGAAACAUAGGCUUUGUGUAUGGUUUCCUAUUUCAAGUUAUUUAUCACUUGUUUUAUAUCAUUAUUUAAUAAUGAUAGCAAUUUAACAAGAUAUUAUAUAAAUAUAUUUAUAUAAAUACUGGUUUUCUAUUUGUUUUUUAAUAGUUAGUUAGACUAAGAUAUGUUUCACCCUGCAUUUUGACGUUAGUUUAACAUUUAAAACGUUUUAAUUAAGUUGUUGCGUGUUAGCCUACACUGUAUGCAAAUUUUGAAUAAUACAUACUUGUUUAAGUUGCAGUUUCUGCGAAGACUAAACUAACAGUGCGCACAGGUACCAAGGGUGUCUCAAUAUGGGUGACAACCCUGACUUUGAUGAUGAAGAAAUUAAAGAAGAGAACAUUUGUCUGGAUCUGGGAAAAACGAACCCUUCCAAAUCCGUGGACUUGGAGGAACAAAUCGAAUGCACGAGCAUCCCGAAUGUGAACAAGGACAAUACAACUACUACGCAUUUAUACAAAAGGAGAUGGGUGAUGGUGUUCCUUUUCAGCUCUUAUUCCCUGUGCAACGCAUUUCAAUGGAUCCAAUACGGAAUAAUUAACAAUAUUUUUAUGAAAUUCUACAAUGUGGACUCUUUUGCCAUCGACUGGAUGUCAAUGAUCUAUAUGUUGACAUAUAUUCCCUUUAUAUGGCCUGUCUCCUGGCUUUUAGACAAAAAAGGACUGCGGCUCAUAGCACUGAUGGCCACCGCUAUUAAUUGCCUUGGGACAUGGAUCAAGGUGGCCAGCGUCAAGCAAAACCUAUUUUGGGUGACCAUGCUUGGACAAUUCGCAGGCUCCCUAUCACAGGUAUUCAUCCUUGGGAUGCCUUCCCGCCUAGCAUCGGUUUGGUUUGGCUCUGAAGAGGUGUCCACCGCCUGUUCCAUCGGCGUAUUUGGGAAUCAGAUGGGCAUUGCCAUUGGCUUUCUGGUGCCGCCCAUCCUCGUGCCAAAUGUUGAUGAUAUGGACGAUCUGGCAUACCACAUCAGCAUCAUGUUCUACAUCACUGCUGGAAUGGCCACCGUGAUCUUCAUCCUCGUAGUCUUCAUGUUCCAAGAGAAGCCGGAAAUCCCUCCCACCCUGGCUCAGGUCCAGGCCAGGAGCACCCCUCCAGAAGAGUACUCCUACAUGGCCUCUAUCCUGAGACUGCUGCGUAACUUACCCUUCAUGCUCCUUGUUAUCAGCUAUGGGCUGAAUGUCGGUUGUUUCUAUGCUGUUUCCACACUGCUGAACCGGAUGAUUAUUGAGCAUUAUCCAGGUGAAGAGGUGAAUGCUGGGAGAAUUGGCCUCACCAUUGUCAUUGCCGGGAUGGUGGGGUCCCUCAUAUGUGGGAUCUGGUUGGACAAGACCAAAACCUACAAACAGACUACCCUGGCUGUGUAUCUCAUGUCCUUCGUGGGAAUGGUGGUCUAUGCCUUCACUCUGAACUUAGGCCACCUAUGGGUGGUGUUUGUGACAUCAGGGGCUCUAGGGUUCUUCAUGACUGGGUACCUGCCACUUGGCUUUGAGUUUGCUGUGGAGCUGACCUUCCCAGAGGGUGAGGGCACCUCCUCAGGCCUGCUCAACUGUUCAGCUCAGAUAUUUGGGAUCAUAUUCACCAUCGGGCAAGGGAAGAUCAUAGACCACUUUGGCACAUUCGCUGGGAACAUCUUUUUAUGUGUCUUCCUCCUCAUAGGGACCAUUAUGACAGCAUUCAUCAAGUCUGACCUCCGACGACAAAAGGCCAACCAUCUGGCUGAGAAUCAGGUGGCGAGUGCUGCAGGCUCCCCAUCUCGGGUACAGGACUACGGGGCCACAGCACCCAGCAGCCCUCAGGAGCAGCAGUUCUGACACUAACCUCACUAAAACCCAAACACAAACCAGCCAAGAAACAGGCAGGUCACCCACAGGAAGGCCUCUCACAGCCAGCUACACUGAAGGACAUCAAAGUAUAAGGAGGAAAUCCAGUUGAACGGGUGUGAAAAGAAAGAAAUCCCAUCAUACACUUGGAAUCACACAGGUUCUCCCUCUACUGCAAAUUACUCGUCAGAAGAUAACUGGUUUGAUUAUCAAGCACAACCAAGGGUAUUUCUAUUUGUAUGUGCUGAUAAUUCAUAUUUAACUGUCACUUUUUGAGAGUACACUGUGAAUUGUUAAUAUUUUCAUUUUGGUUUCUCUAGCUUUAAAUGUCUCCAAUCUAAAUAUUAUAAAUGUUGAUGUCUGUGCAUUUUGAUAUGAGCAAUAUUCAAACUGUGCUAUUUGUUUCCUGGUAUUUGACCAAUACCAUACUGGAACAGAAAGUAUUAAUGUAACUGUGCUAUUUGUUUCCUGGUAUUUGACCAAUACCAUACUGGAACAGAAAGUAUUAAUGUAACUGUUCUAUUUUUGGAAUUUGUUAACGUUAAAAUUAGACUACAGAUUCAGUGGUUUCAGUUGAAUGGAAGUCUGUUCAGAGGGCCGAGCCGAUCCAGUCAAGCCAACUCACGUAGUGGCUUAACAGGAUUUUGAGAUUGCUAUCUGCCAUAUAAUCAAAUUUUAUUUAUCACAUGCGCCGAAUACAACAGGUAGACCAGGUAGACCUUACAGUGAAAUGCUAACUUACAAGACCAUAACCAACAAUGCAGUUUUAAGAAAAAUACAUGUUAAGUAAAAAAAUAGAUAAGUAUAAAAUAAUUAAUAAAAGUAACAAAUACUGCUGAUAAUGGUGAAUAUGUUUGAAUCUGUGCAUCUGAGUAUGUCUCAUAAGGACUCAACCUCUUUAACCACAUUCUUAGAACUUUAGGACUAUUCUAUUUAAUAUUUAUCUGCAUUGACUUGUUAAAUAGCCUUUAAAGGAACACAAUGAUAACAGAAUGUGAGCAAAAAUCAUUAGUUUGGCGAGAGACAAUCCAAUGGACUUUUUGGAAGUAGGCUAGUGUUGUAUUUUCUAAAGUACAUUAUUAUUUUGACCUGUAGUUUUGUUACUGAGAAACCUUUUUCAUCUGCUUAUUUGACUUGAUGUGUUGCGGUUAGAAGUUGUCCAGUGUUUUUUCUUUUUUAAUGAUUGUGUAAUCUUAUAAGAAGUGUUUUUCACUCAAAUGAUACAGUAUAUUGUUUUGUAUAAUCAUUGUAUAUACAGUACCAGUCAAACGUUUGGACACACCUACUCAUUCAAGGGUUUUUCUUUAGUUUGACU